UUGAACAAACACUCGCCAUGGCGGUGCGACGAGUGCUCCGCGUUGCUGGAGUCGGAGCAAGCGCUGCGAUCGCCGUCGGAACCGCUGCUCUGUACAUCGAUGCGCCUGUUGCAGACAAAGACGACGACACCUUUCUGCAGCACCGUGCAAACCAUACCCGAGAUCGCUUUCCUGCGUAUGUUUCUGCUGCGGCAAGGUCCGUUCUGUUUUACCCUGCCACGCUUGUGUCCAAAGUGUACCUGGGCAUGAUGAACGACUUUACGUGUCGCAACGAAGAGACGUUGGAGAAGUGGGUCCUCUCCCGACCUGACCACCGCGCACUUAUCACUGUGACGAACCAUUCGGCAACGGUGGACGAUCCAGCGGUGCUUGCAGCGAUGCUUCCAUGGUCCUGUGCUCGCCCUAGUUUGUCUCGAUGGUCUAUCUGCAGCCAAGAGUACUGCUACGCGAAGGGGCCUCUCCUGUCCACUAUUUUCUUUGGAACGAAGACUCUGCCCAUCAAGCGCGGCGCUGGCAUCGACCACCCCUUCCUCGAAGAUCUGUUCAAGCGGGUGCAAGACGGUGACUGGGUCCACAUCUUCCCCGAAGGUAAAAUCGUACAAGGCGGUGCGUUGGGAGGUCGUGACGGGCCCGAAGCCACCACAAUCGGGCGUCUGAAGUGGGGAGUCGGCAAGCUGAUUGCCCGCGCCGAGAUCACGCCAGUGGUGCUGCCCAUCUACCACGUUGGCAUGGACAAGGUGAUGCCGCAAACUGCCGAGCACAAGCUCAAGAGUGUCAUCCCUCGAGUCGGGCAACGCGUGCAUGUGGUCGUGGGGAGCCCCAUCUACUUUGACGACCUCUUCAAAAAGUACGAGGCCGACAGACGCCAAGGUAUCGCGGGCGACGGGUUCACGUGGGAAAGCGGAGCGGCCGAGAAGAAAUUGUACUCAGCAAUUACGCGACGCAUCGAGUUGGCGCUCCUGGCGCUCGAGAAGAAGUGCUACAUUGACAUGGCCGCGAUCGACAGUGCCCGAGCAAACACUACCACGCUGAUGACAUAAAAAGUUGGGUUUGUUACAGUUCUUGGUUGCACAGCGGACAAGACGGCGUGCGCGUUGAGUUGGCCAGAGUUAGGGCCCACUUGUCCAUGCAUUCGAGGUGGAAAUCGUGCUUGCAUGUCGACAGGAUCCGCAGUACGUCACCUGCAACAUAGUCUUCGCAGCAUAUGCAGCACGAUGCGGCAGGCCCGCCGCGGAAAUCUUGGAGGAGUCGAACGAAUUCCUCUUUUUCAAUGACUUUACCGUGGGGAAUACCGCGCACCGCAAGACGCUCCUUGAGAUCGUGCACACUGCAUUCGGAUGGCGCCUUAAACUCUUCAGUUGGGAGUCGGGAAAUUGUCUUGAGCAUGCGGCUGUACUGCUCGUUAUUCUCCUGGUGCAUGGGCUCGUCCUGGACAGCUGUGCCACGGGCAGGCGAAAGAAAGCUGGACAUAAGAUACGUCACGAACCCACUGACACCGCGCUCUUGCAAGACUGCUCGCUUUGUGUAGACUGUGUACGCGAGGUAUCCCAGGCCCACCGUUAGCAUGAGCAGAUCCUGCCGAAUAGAGAUAGAUGUUCCUUGUAGGAGCAUGGGCGCGACCUGUACCGCGAUCAUUGCAAACACGACGGCCGGCGGCAUGUUGCCGUUGAUCAUGAUGAAGACCAUGAUGACGAGAGUU